GGCAUUUGGAAGUUUCAAGGUUUAAAGGGUCAUUUUGGUUUUGAGCUGUCUGGAGGGAGAUGAGCCAGAGAAAGAUUGAGGCAUAUAUUACUUAGUAGGUUCAAACUGCAGUGAAAGUGAUCAUAUCGGACUCAUGUGCAAGAUUGCCUCCAGAUUAGGUCAUUCACAUCAAGUCAUUCCAAAAUAAAAUAGUCAUUAACAGAGCCCUAAAUUGAAGAGUCCAGAAAUCAAGUUGAGAGCCUCUUUUUGCUCCGGACCCGCUGUAAUCUUAGCUAUGUCACCCUUCCCCACUCUGAGCCUCUGUUUAUCUGUGUGCAGCUUGAGGAGAAAGCUAGGCUAGAACAAGCCCCCUCGUGUUUUCUUUCUUUUUUUUUUCCCAACAUGGGUUCUCUCUCAGUUACCCAGGCUGGAGUGCAGUGGUAUGAUCACAGCAUCACAGCUCACUGCAGCCUCCACCUCCUGGGCUCAAGCGAUACUCCCACCUCAGCCUCCCAAGUAGCUGGGACUACAGGUGGCAUGUGGAGCCUCCCACCACCACCUAGGUCCUGAGAUGCAGUGAAGCCCAGCCUGUCUGCCAUCAUCCCCCAGCAUGGACCGCGGGAGCCUCCUGCCCUUCCAGCUAUGGUGCCCCCGGCCCUUUGGCACCUACUCACAGAACCAGCCACGCCCGCCUUCUGCGGCCCUCAAGCCAUCAGCCUGCCCUGAGCCUGGUGGCGGGGCCGAGCCAGACCAUGGGCCUGCCCACUCAGAGAACACACCACCUGCCUUGGCCACUGAGGUCCCUGCCUCCCAGCCGGCUCCGCUCCUCUCAGCAGCAGCUGCUGGUGAUGAGGGUCGAGUCCUCCUGGACACGUGGUAUGUCAUCAAGCCCGGGAAUACAAAGGAGAAGGUGGCCUUCUUUGUGGCCCACCAGUGUGGUGGGGGCAGCCGGGCCAGCUCCAUGAAGGUCAAGGGGCACUGGGGCAGCGAUAGCUCCAAGGCCAAGCGGCGGAGGCGCUGUCUUGACCCCACCAAGGCUCCUCCUGACCCAGGGGGCCGGGAGGGCCCCCCUGCUGCUGAGGAGGGCCCCGCCUCAGCCGGUGAGGACGUGGACCUGCUCUCUGUGGCCGAGAUGGUGGCCCUGGUGGAACAGCGGGCAGCCCUGGCCCUGCAGAGCUACCCACGACCGACCACCCCAGCGCCUGUAGUCUUUGUGUCCGCCGAGCAAGGUGGACCGGCCAAGGGGGUGGGAUCUGAACGGCGGUCCGGUGGUGGGGACUGCAGCCGUGUAGCCGAGGCCGUGGCCCACUUUGAAGCGCAGAGGGACAGCCCUCCCACCAAGGGCCUCCGCAAGGAAGAGCGGCCCGGGCCAGGCCCUGGGGAGGUGCGCAUCGCCUUCCGCAUCUCCAACGGCCGGGAGCCCCGUGCACCAGACAGCGGCCUGCCCAGUGGGGGCGGGGGCAGGCCUGGUUGUGCCUACCCUGGCAGCCCAGGUCCUGGGGCCCGAGCCAAGGACAAGAUCACAUGUGACUUAUACCAGCUCAUCAGCCCCUCGCGGGAUGCCCUCCCCAGCAACGUGGAGUUCCUGCUGGCCAGGGCGGAUGAGGCCAGUGAGGGUGACAGCCCGGCACCCGCCAGGCCUGAGGACACUCCCCCGGCGCCCCCUCCGCCCCCUGCCCGAGACUGCGGAGCGUCAGGCUUCCACGUGGACGUGGUGGUGACGGGCGUGGUAGAUGAGUGCAUCUUCUUUGGCAAGGACGGCACCAAGAACGUGAAGGAGGAGACUGUGUGCCUGACGGUCAGCCCGGAGGAACCGCCGCCUCCGGGCCAGCUCUUCUUUCUCCAGAACCGCGGGCAGGACGGGCCCCCAGAGCCACCCCCGGCCGACUCCCCGGCCACUGCGCCCGGCCCAGACGAUGCCGAGGGCACGGCGGACACCUCCCUGUGCCGCUUGUACCGGCACGUGUCGCACGACUUCCUAGAGAUCCGCUUCAAGAUUCAGCGGCUGCUGGAGCCGCGACAGUACAUGCUGCUGCUGCCCGAGCACGUGCUGGUCAAGAUCUUCAGCUUCCUGCCCACGCGCGCGCUGGCCGCCCUCAAGUGCACCUGCCACCACUUCAAGGGCAUCAUCGAGGCGUUUGGCGUGCGGGCCACAGACUCGCGCUGGAGCCGAGACCCGCUCUACCGCGAUGAUCCGUGCAAACAGUGCCGCAAGAGAUACGAGAAGGGAGACGUGUCGCUCUGCCGCUGGCACCCCAAGCCCUACCACCAUGACCUGCCUUACGGACGUUCCUACUGGAUGUGCUGCCGCCGAGCCGACCGCGAGACUCCCGGCUGCCGCCUGGGCCUCCACGAUAACAACUGGGUGCUGCCCUGCAAUGGGCCAGGCGGGGGCCGGGCCGGCCGGGAGGAGGGGAGGUGAAGCCGGGGGAGGGGAGGGGAGAGCCCACCACGCCCACCCCUCCCCUCUCCCCCGGGAGCCGAGGGUCCGGACUGGGCCGCCUGCCCAUUCCCCUACUCCAGGCAGCAUUGAUCCCUCACCGGAACUGAGCUGGGGUUCAGCAGGGGUGACCCAGGAAAGCACUCUGCUUGAUCCUGUUGAUUUUCUACUCUUCAGAACCAGGGCCGUGGACCCUCUGAGAAGGGUGUUUUUUUUUUUUUUUUUUUUAUCAGCAUCUCACUUUCUUCUCCAUUCAGCCCCAACCCCCUCCCUGCCAUGCUUUCCACCCCAAGGACCCACCAGCAGGGAGCAGACGGCAGCUAAUUUUGGUACCACUUAAGGGUCCCCCCAUUGUGGCCCCCAUCCUCUCCCUUGCCCCAAUUCUUUCUCGCUGGAGCUGUUAUUUCCCAAGAAGCCACAUCGCCCAAGGUUGGCACCUCUCCUAACCUGCCACACCACAGCUCUCACCUCUCUAGGAAUUGGGGGCUGUCAGGUCACAGGUGGGAUCUGGCAUUUUUUUUAUGACAGUCCAUUUCUAGAUGGUUUGCCUAUUAAAGAAGUGGGGGGGAAAUACUAUUUUCUCCUUAACCUCAAGCUACCAGUCUCUCCUCUUCCACGUGGAGGAAGAGGGGGGCAGAAAAAAAAAGCUGAAGUAUAAAAAUCCUCCUCCUCCCGUUAUUAUUUAAGCUACUGCCAUCAACCCCACCCCCAUAAAGCUGUGAAGCCCUUUGCCUCGCUUUUGACAGCGUGGGGGGGCCCCGUGGGCAGGGACUUCGGAUUUGCAUUUCUGGGUUGUUUUUCCUUCCACUCUGGGCUCUUGUUCAGGCAUUGGGGUCUCCUCACCCCAGCCACAUGUUUCUUUAAGAAUCCUUUGGUCAACCAGGACCUUGAUUUUUCAGGCAUUUUGGUCUGGGGUAUUUUUGUUUGUUCUCUCUGUUUUUUGUUUUCCUUUUUUUCUUUCCAUCAUUGUGGUUCUGGAAGCUUCUAGCGUGUGGCAUCUGACCAAUUUUGAAUUGGUCCUUUCUAUAAAAUCAAUAUUUAUAA